UUGUCGGUUUAGUGUCUCAAUAGAAAGUCUCCCGAGCGUAUGUUAUUAUUCUCGAGAGUUACUUAUCAUUAUGUUUUUCAUAAUGACAACGACUUUUCUUUCGCUUAUUAAAGUUUUCUCAAUCGCUGCUUCCUCUCAUCGUAUUGUGGAGACUACAGUUGUAGAAACUCAACGUACAGCAAACACUCUUCAAUUUUUGGUUACGAAUAAAAGUGAAAUCUGGCGUGUCGAGUCGAACGGCGAUAAACAUCGAUACUCUACUAACACAACAGCUAUAGGCGACGUGGACUAUCACCUUGGAAAAAAUAUUUUAAUUUGGAUCGAUGCCGAAAAGCAUGCCAUACAUUCGCAGUCCUUGGAUAUAAAUUCAACCACCCCGCAUGUGAUUUUCAAGCAGUUCAAGGAUUGGCAACCAGUAGCUUUGAGUGUGGACUUCAUCGGAAACAAAAUCUACGUCGCUGAUAUUUUGGGCGCGAAAGUCGACGUGUUCGAGUUGGAUGCCCGAUACCACGCUGUUGCAGUUGGAACUGAUCUGGUUCGCCCCUCGGACAUCAAGUUGGAUCCUUACGUGGGUUUAUUGUUUAUACUAGAUGGAUUCAGAAUCGUUCGGGCGAGUAUGGAUGGUAGUUCAUCUGUAUCGGUUAUCAGGCAAGGAAUUAGAGGUCUGCAUGGAUUUUCUAUUGACCUCAUCGAUAAGAGAAUAUACUGGGCUAGAGGUGCAGAUUUUCAAGUCAUGUUCUCUAACUAUUUGGGCGAAGAAGUACAAACAUUAGGAAAAAACAGUUCUUCUCAACUCAUAUGGACUAAAUUUACUACUUUUAACGGUAGCGUAUUUUGGGCCGGUAAUUUCGUCAACUAUAAAUCGAGGUAUCGUAUUGAAGAAAAGGAAAAGCAUGGCAAAUCAAUUUAUCAAAGUAAUCCCGUUCCCUCAAUAAAAGUUUUACACGCAGCGAUUCAGUUUCCAGUGUCGAAUCCAUGCGGUACUGACAAUGGCGGAUGCCAACAAAUGUGUGUUUUGACAUCAUCCUCGAAGAAUGAAAAAGAUAAAAACAGAGUUAGUUAUACGUGUGCGUGUAAUAUCGGAUGGACGCUAUCGGAAAAUUCAAAGAACUGUACACUCGCAACAGACUUUUUAAUGUACGCGCAGUUAAACAUUAUGAAAAGCCAUCUGAUCGAAAGAUGUACCUCUUCAUUUUGUGAACCUCACUUACCUAUAAUUGGAGAUAAAUACAUAUUUCGAGAUUUCGAGUACCAAUAUGCAGAUAAUUACUUGUACUACAUCAAGGUGAUGUCUCUAAAAUAUGAUGCUAUUUACAAAGUUCAGCCAAAUAACAGUGUGCCAGAAGUCUUCUUGUUAGGUAAAUACGAAAAUUACCAAAGCUUGACAAUCGACCGUAUAACGUCAAACUUGUAUUUUACUGACUCAUUGAAAGGAACAAUAAACGUAGUCAGCACCAGAAAUAGCUCUCAAAAGGCAUUGAUAUUGGAAAACCUAGAACAGCCAGAAGAUAUCGUGAUCCAUCAGAAUAAAGGUUUUUUAUUCUUUUUUCAAACCAACCAAAGCACGAAGAUUACAUUGUUAAGUAGAACAAACAUUGAUGGAUCCAAUUUAACCGUUUUUCACGAUGUACCGUUAAAAAAGCAUUGCGGCUUUGCAAUCGAUGUUCACGACGAUACUAUCUAUUGGUACGAGUGGCGUAAAAGGCACUUACAAUAUUCAAAUUUAGAUGUGGGCGAAGUGCGAAAUCUUGAAACAUCGUUAACGAAAUACCUCUAUGCCAUUUCCGUGCAUGACAAGUGGAUUUACGUUGCAACGACAACCAGCGAAGGAAUAUGGCGUUUCAAUAAAAAAACCGGUGAACAACCCGAGUUGAUUUUGGCAGACUUUACAAAUAGAAUAACGAAGGUCAAAGUUUUCAGCUCAAAUGUGCAGAAGAUGAAUAGCGCGCGUCGGUGCAUUAUUCAUAACGGUGGAUGUUUUGAGUUUUGCUUUGGUUUACCUCAGGAUACAAAUAGAUCUUGGACUAAAGUGUGUGCUAAUUCUAACGAAGAAAUGUGUAAGAAUAAAAAUAAAUGUUUGUCACCGCCAUCUUCGUAAUUGUGCUGUUGUAUUUUUUUAAAAUUAAAUAAAACACGUGUUUUGGCAGAAAAUAAA